AAGCCGAGAAAACAUUCUCUUAAAUGUCUUCUCUGUAUAUAUAACGAAAUACAUAACCGUAAUAGUUGAUAGUUUCACUACUUUCUGGAGUUUCACUCUGAAUCCGGAUCCGUCAUCGUCACGUUUCGGGUCGUAUCAGCAGCUCCGGCAAAAAGACAGUCCGGUACACAUGUGGUGACGCGGAGGAGCGAAAUUCUGGAAUGGGUUGCGUCAGCUCGAAGCAGACCGUCUCUGUAACGCCAGCGAUCGAUCACUCGGGAGUGUUCAGGGACAAUGCGUGUUCCGGCUCCGGUCGAAUUGUGGUCGACGAUCCUUCUCCGGCGGUGGAGAAGAAGCUCGUCUCGUCGUGGAGGAGCAAGAGCGGGAAGAAGAGGAGCAAGAAGAGCGGCAGCGAGUUGGGUAGCGAGUUGAGCGAGUCCGGUCGAGCGAGUUCGAAUUGCAGGAGUGAGUCGUUGAGUUUCCGGCUCGGUAACUUAAGUAAGUACUUGGAAGCUGAGCAGGUCGCCGCCGGUUGGCCUGCGUGGCUGAGCAACGUCGCCGGCGAAGCGAUCCAUGGCUGGGUCCCAUUUCGAUCCGACGCUUUCGAGAAGCUGGAAAAGAUUGGACAAGGGACUUAUAGUAGCGUGUUCCGUGCACGAGAGACUGAAACCGGGAGGAUAGUGGCUUUGAAGAAGGUUAGAUUCGACAAUUUCGAGCCAGAGAGUGUUAGGUUCAUGGCUAGAGAGAUUUUGAUACUUAGGAGGCUCAAUCAUCCCAACAUUAUCAAACUAGAAGGCUUGGUUACUUCAAAACUAUCUUGCAACAUACAUCUCGUGUUCGAGUAUAUGGAGCAUGAUCUCACUGGUCUUCUCUCUAGUCCUGACAUCAACUUCACAACUCCACAGAUUAAGUGUUAUAUGAAACAAUUGUUGUCUGGACUCGAUCACUGUCACGCACGAGGUGUGAUGCAUCGGGACAUCAAGGGUUCGAAUCUUUUGGUGAAUAAUGAAGGAAUAUUAAAGGUGGCUGAUUUUGGGCUAGCAAACUUUUGCAAUGUUUCUGGGAACAAGCAGCCUCUUACCAGCCGGGUUGUGACUUUGUGGUACCGUCCGCCUGAACUUUUGCUUGGAGCAACGGAGUAUGGAGCAUCUGUUGAUCUGUGGAGUGUUGGCUGUGUUUUUGCUGAACUUCUUCUCGGGAAACCGGUUCUGCAGGGAAGAACUGAGGUCGAACAGCUGCACAAGAUAUUCAAACUAUGUGGAUCUCCACCUGCAGACUACUGGAAAAAGUCCAAACUUCCUCACGCAAUGCUUUUCAAACCACAGCAGCAUUAUGAUGGUUGUCUCCGAGAAACCUUGAAAGAUCUUUCUGACGCUGACAUCACUCUUAUAGAAACACUUCUUUGUGUAGAGCCACACAAACGUGGGACUGCGUCUACUGCCCUUGUUUCUCAGUAUUUCACUACAAAACCUUUUGCUUGUGAUCCCUCGAGCUUGCCUGUAUACUCCCCUAGCAAGGAGAUUGAUGCAAAGCAUAGAGAAGAUGCAACAAGGAAAAAAAUCAGCGGGAAUGGGAGACGUGGUACGGAAUCGAGGAAGCCAACACGAAAGCCCCCUGCAUUUGCUAAUUUGGCACCAGCAGAGGAUGUACGACAACAUUCCCGGACUUUUCAGAAACGUAAUGGUCAUUCAGUUCAUAGUUCGAUUGAUAGCGAUGCCACUCUAUAUGAGAAAAUGAAAAAGCCAUCAGAUCAUGAAAAAGAAGAAGGUUCUCAUGUGAAGAACGCAUCACAAGGAGAUGUGCCUUUCUCAGGGCCUUUGCAAGUCUCUGUAUCAAGCGGUUUUGCAUGGGCAAAGCGACGAAAAGAUGACGUAUCUAUUAGAUCACAUAAUAGAUCUCUCUCAAGAGGUCACAUUCCUAACCUGUUGGGACCUUCUCCUGCUUUCAGUGAGAGCACUGACGUUGAGUUUAAGAUAAAAGAGAACGAAAAGGAAGAGAAACAUGGGGCAAGGACAGAUUCCCAAGACCGUGAGUCAUAUGAGAUGUUGAAGCUUUCAAUGCUGAAGAAGUGGAGACAACUUGAACGUCCAGAUUCAUUUGAUGCUUCGGACGAGUAUCAUUCACAGGACCUAUCAUUGGCACUUUAUCAGAGAGAAGAAAAGGCAGAAAAACUCGGUCAUUUGGGUGACGAAGACAAUAAUGAAAAAAUCGAAUUCUCAGGCCCCUUGUUGUCUCAAUCUUAUGGAGUUGAUGAGCUUUUGGAACGCCAUGAGCGCCAGAUUCGCCAGUUAGUUCGAAAAUCUUGGUUCCAGAAAGGUAAGAAACAAGGGAAAUGACUCUGUACAAACUUGUUUGUGUCAGGAAAAGCUUCCCAAGCGGAUCCAGAAGAGAGCUCCAAGAUCUCAAAAGACUAUAUGCAUUAUGAGAAAUAUGGAGAAAGCCAUGAAGAACGAUAACAAGAACUUCAGAAACUGUGAUGAUCAAGCAAAUAUGGAGAAAGCCAUGAAGCAAUUUUUUGUUAAUGAUAAUUAUGAUAUGCUAAAUUUUUUUGACAAUUUACAGCGGAAAUUAAAAUAUCCAGGCAUAAUGUAUAGAGUUAGCGCAGUAAUAAACAUAUUUCCAUACAUUUACAUAGUAUAAAAAUAUAUAGAAUAUCCGGCUAUAUAAAAGAUCUUGAUAUUUGUUGCAGGAUUUAUUCCAAAAUUUGGGACACUCGUUUCAUGAUGGUGAAUGAUGUGUGGUGGUUAUGGUGUAUGUUAGCGA